AUGUGGUUGGCCCUAUUUGAAAGCCUUUAUCAGUAUGUGCUUUCUGUGUCUGGACUGAGGAUCAGCACAAUUUCCACAAUGCCAAUAGACGAAGCCUACAACACUUCAGUGUUCACUCUCUCUGGGAUAAGUGCGACUUGGGAAAGUAGAUACUUUUUUUUUUGCAUAACCGUGUUGUGUUAUCUUCUUAUUCUUUCUGUUAACUUGACGUUAAUUUUUAGAAUUGUCCUGAGAAAAUCUCUUCAUGAACCCAUGUACAUCUUUCUGUGCAGUUUGUGUUUAAAUGGAUUGUAUGGAACAGCAGGUUUCUACCCCAAAUUUCUGUAUGAUUUGCUUCAUGAACCUCAAGUAAUUUCAUAUGCAGGAUGCCUUAUUCAGGUGUUAGUGAUCUACUCCUCUGUUCUGUGUGACAUUUCCAUUUUGACAGUUAUGGCUUAUGACAGAUUUGUGGCAAUAUGCAGGCCUUUGCAGUAUCAUGCAGUUAUGACUAAGACUACUGUCACUAAACUUACUCUAUUUUCAUGGAUUGCUCCAGUUUUAUCUAUGACUGUUUUGGUUAUCUUUAGUGCAGGGUUAACACUGUGUGGCUCAGAGAUUGAAAAACUGUACUGUGAAAACUGGGCUAUUGUUAGAUUGUCUUGUUCAUCUACAACUAUUUAUAACAUUUUUGCAUAUCUUGUGAUACUUACAUAUUUGGUUCAUAUGUUUUGCAUACUCUUUUCUUAUCUGAAGCUUAUUAAAAGCAGUAUGAAGUCCAUUGAGGACCGGCGAAAGGUGAUACAGACAUGCACGCCACAUCUGCUUUCUUUAAUUAAUGUCACAGUUGCUUUGCUGUUUGAUACAAUGUAUAGUCGAUAUGGGUCCAGAGAUUUUCCACAGGGCCUCCGUCAUUUUCUGGCAUUAGAGUUUCUAGUGGUGCCCCCACUUCUUAAUCCCCUUAUUUAUGGUCUGAAGCUCAGUAAAGUCCGAAAUGAAGUAUUCCGAUGCCUUAAAACUAAUGUUGUGAAAUCUGAAAAUUGA